AUGGCAGUGCACAAGACAGCCCGCGUGCGCGUGGUGGCGCUACGGCGCAUGUUCAUUCGCCGCUGGGACCUCAUCAAGAAGUCGACCAUUCGCAGGACACGGAAUGCUUCAGUUACACCGAAGGAAUCGGAAACUAGCUGUUUUGAACCUAUACUCGUUGAAGCUGGCACAGAAAUGAAAAACAGGACCGCCGUGUCGACACUCACCUCGAACCUGAACACCAAUCGUCAUAACACAUUAAAAGGGACAUCUGCAGCGACGUCAACAGUUCGAUGGAAGACGUAUGCCUCUGCCAACACAAGUGCCAUCGGUGAUAUGAAGCAAAUGGUACCCGACAUUAUGACCACCAACCACCAAACAAAUACGAAUCAUACUGUCAAAACUCCUUUUUCUGGGGAAGGACAGGGUACGCUAAACGGAAGGCUGAAACGGGACUGCACGGUAAUGAACGAGACCAGCCCACCCGGAGAUGCCCCUUUCCAACCAUACCCUCUUUCCCAGGGAGUCCAACCAAAAAAAGUAAAUCUUGAUCUACCUCCAAGUUGCCCGUCUAAAUGGGCCGACAUCGUUGUCAACAAGAUUAUGAGGCACAUCUCGACGAAUUGUGAAAAGAAACAGAUCACCGAAUCCCGUGGGACUUCAACCGAUGAAUGUUCUUUGUACCAACUCUCCCCCUGUCAUCGGGUGUGCAAAACCGCCUCCGAGGGCUCAAACCAAUCUCCGAAGGAAUGUAUGAUAGACGAGGAUGCAGGUAGUGAAAAGAUCCAAAAAACUAUUGAGAACUCGGAAAACUCGCACCCAAUCAGUCACGAUGGUAAGAAUAACGUCCUCGUCGGCAUCAGUACCCUGGAGCAAGGCACGGGUAAGCCACACCUCGGAUAA